UUGACAAUCUUUUGGCUCGAGCGCUCCGUGCGCUUCCAACACGCACACACACACACACACACAGAGUUCUCAAAAAAGGGAGCAGUAGGAUGCGUGCUGUGUAUGAUUGCUGCGUCGUUACCACUUUUUAUACAUACUUUUAAUCGUGUUUUGUCCAGAAGUAAAGCAUUGAAACACACUUUCGCCUGUGUGUUUGUGGGAAUUUUGGAUUUGGGACGCUCUUGUUCGGAAUACACUCUGUGAGUCCGGGACCGGGGGAACGCUCCAUAGCACUCAUACUUGGAAAGAGGACCUCUUUCACCACAAACACCACAGUGACAGAGAGACAGAAAGAAAGGGAGUUUGAGAGAACGACAGUUGUUGUGUGUGUGAAAAAAGGGGGAGGGAUGUAUGGCACGGUCAUACUCUCUUCUUUUCUUUUCUCCCUCCAUGCAAGUUGCACUCCUCUACAGUUCCACGGUCAUCAUGGACGGAGAGUAUGUGCUGGGAAAGCUGAAAGAGUAGUGACCAGUACAGAAUCUUUCAUCCAGCCUGUACACAAACCAUACCUCACCAUAUGCCACAACCAACGCAUCUGUAGCACAUACAAGACAGUGUAUAAAGUCUCCUACAGACAGGUGAGCCGGCUAGAGCUGAGCUCCCACAUUUACUCCGAAUGCUGUCCAGGAUGGAGACGUGUCCACUCGCUCAACUGUAACCAUGCGGUGUGUGUGCAGUCAUGUCUUAAUGGUGGAUCCUGCACAAAGCCAAAUCACUGUGCAUGUCCUGUUGGCUGGACAGGACGCUACUGCCAGAUAGAUGUGGAUGAGUGUAAAGGGGCACAUGGUUGCAGUCACCAGUGCAUGAACUCUGCAGGAAGUUAUCAGUGUGUGUGUGCUGACGGAUUCCGUCUGGCUGAAGACAGACGAUCUUGUCUAAGCCUUUGUGCUCUUCCUCUUCCUUCUCAUCCAACUGUAGCCAGCGAGCGCGAAGUAGACAAUCAUCUAUCCACAAAUAACAAUAGAGGUGCAGAUGCGGGACUGGUGGCAAAUGUUACAGAAGAGGUCCAGAUUCUCAGAAAUAGAGUACAGCUGCUGGAACAGAAAUUGGAGAUGGUCCUUGCACCGUUUUCCACUUUCUUUCUACCAGAGGAGGAUAUGGCCAACAGAAAUGGCUUCCUGUUGGACAAGGCUGAUUUCCUGUCAGACCAGACCAACUUCCUUUCACACUCACUACGGCAGCUGGACAGAAUAGACUCUCUCAGUGAGCAGGUCAGCUUCCUGGAGGAGCGUCUUGGAUCAUGCUCUUGUCAAGAAAACUAGAUGAUCAGUAACAACAAGGUCCACUUAAUAUACAACCAACACAACCUGUCUUCAACAUCAGGAGAAAGAACAGUUAAUGAGACAAAUCUGCACUACAGUGGUCACUUCACAACUUUGACAUGUUUAACACACAAUUAUCAAACCUGUCUUUAAAUACACUUUAUCCCAAAAGUAUGUGGACACCUGACCAUGACAUAUGAGCUUGCUGAACCAAAAUCACAAAAAUCAUUAAUAUUGUCUUGUCCCAUAAUUCAUGACUGUGACAGCCGCCCUUCUGAGAAAGCUUUCUACUAGAUGUUGGAGUAUAGUUGAUGGAAUUUGUGACCAUUCAGUCAAAAGAGCACCCGUGAGGUCAGGCACUGAAGAAGGAUGAAAAGGCUUGGCUUGCAAUGAACAUUCCAAAGGUAUUCAUUGGGGUUUGUGAGCAGGGGCACAGUAAUGCUGGAACAGGUAAUAGGUCUCCCCUUAACUCUUGCCAGAAAAUUUUCUUUGUAUGCUGUAACGAAAUAUUAAACUUCAAUGGAUCUAAGGGGCUGAGCCCAAACCCUAAGGCCUGUUAUCCAUCCUCUAACAAGCAGUACGAUUGGCACUAUGCACUCCAAUAGGUAGCGAUUCUCCUAGUAUCUUCCAAACCCAGAUUUAUUGCCAGAUUCAAGAGAACACAUUUUCACUGCUCCAAAGUCCAGUGGCAGUGUGCAUUACAACACUACACUUGCCAUUAUAUAUAGUGAUCUUGGGCUUGUGUGCUCCUGCUCAGCCAUGGAAACCUAUUUUAUGAAGCUCAAACACAUAGACGUGUGCCUGAUGUUGCUUCUGGAGGCUGUUUAGAACCCAGAAAUGAAAACAAAACAGAGGAGAUUUUUACAUGCUUCAGCACUUUGUAAUGUUGAGUUCUUGCAUGAUCUACCACUUUAUGGCUGCCCUGUGGCUGCUCCUCGAUGCUUCUGUUUCACAAUAAUAGCACUUACAGUUCACUAGUGCAGAACCAGGGCAGAAAUUUCCUGAAUUUCUGACUUGUGGCAAAUGUAUCAUGGUUAAAGUCACUGAGUUUUUCAGUACAAACCAAUUUUAGUGUUCCAUGUUUGUCUGGAUGUUGCUUGGCUAUACAACAUGAACUCAAUUAGAAGGGGUGUCCAUAUACUUUUAGCCACAUAAUGUAAAUCAUGAACAGAGUAUGUGCCAAGAAUAAAAGAAAAACAAACACAUAGGGAUUGGUGUGAGAUAAUCAACAAUGUGUUAUCACUCUCGAGUUGCAUAUACAGAAGUGUUGUAUUCCUUUUAUACCACACCAAUUGUCCAAUAAUUAUAAUAUUUAAUUUUUUAAAGAAUAUCGCUUGUUUUUUUCAUUCAUAGAUAUAUUUCAUUUUGUGGAACAUCUGUGAAACAAGUGAGUUUGUGAUGUGACUUUCAUUAUAGCAGCUAUAAACAUUCCCUCACCAAACCCCCUUUUUCUCCUUUUAAUAAGACAAAAAUUCUGAUACAGGGAAACAAAGUGCAACUGCUCUGUCCUUAAGACCCUCCCAUUGCAGAAAACCUAAAAUUAGCGCAUUACCUCUGAGUGUUACAAAGCACUAACACUGGAGACUCCUUCCAUCUGAACAAAAAUCUCAAGAGAAUCUACAGUAUAGUGAUGUGAAGGGUUUCUAAUAGCAAAACAGCUUCGGGGGAACAACUAGAUUAAUAUCAGUAUGAGCCAAGUAUUUUCAGCAAAAACAAAAUACUCAGGAUUCAACACUUGCACACUUCUAUUGGCAACUAUUUUUGAGAGCAAUUCUUGUCAUUUUUAUACUCGAUAUUUUCUUAUUUGUUUGUGUGACAAUGUAUUAGGAGUGAAUUUCUGUUGCUUAGAUUAGAAUGAUGGAGUGCAUCUGGUGAAUAAAUAAUGGCAUGCUUAUUCAUUUAUCAGUGUAUUGCUGUAUUACCUUUUAUGCUGCAGCUGUUUGUAAUAAAGUCUACUUGUUAUUUAGUAGAUGAAAGCCUGGUGUGUGUGUAUCGUUGAGCAACAAAAGCACAGAUAGAGUGCAAUACAGUAAAAUGCAAAAAAAAGUCUAUUACCAUGUGGAAAAAGAUGACAUUUAUUUUAGUUUAUUUCUCCAAGGUAUUUUACACAGGCUGUGUUCAGAUCCACUGCAUCUUUGUGUCAAAUAAUAAUAAAAGUCAUAUCAGGUC